CCGGUAACUGUGAACCUGAGGAAGCCGAACAGUUAUCGAUCGAAUCACCGCAAUUAGUUGAUUUCGGCAUCGGCACUGAUUCACCGGCGAUGAUCUCCACCGAAACCUGGACACCACUCGGAGAAACCACGGAAACCGCCUCCAACACCGACCCCCUGCCAACCACCACGCCAACACCCACCCGCACAAUUUUCCGCACCCCAAAAAAAUCCUCCAGACGAAUUCCCCAUAAAAACGCCUAAAUUCCCGGCAAAAGUAACCCGUACCGGCAAACGCCUACGAAAAUCCUUUAUUGAUCGUGGAGCCCGAGAUUGCCCAGGAAACAGCCGGAAAAUCAACUGAUAAUGUUGACAAUGGUGAGAAAUCAGCGGCCAAGCAGGAAGUAACGGAAUCAGUGGGGGAAAACGAAAAGGACGAUGAGAGCAGCGAGAAAUUGACACCGACUGUCGAAGUGGUGCGUCCAUUGAGCGAAGAUGAUCCGCUGUCGCCGGCAGUGUCAACACACUCGGAGGAGCUGAGUGAGGACGAGGGCAGCUACGAUCUGCGACACGGAUAUUUGUCCAACAAGUGUGGGGUGGAAGAGAGGCCCAGUGUGGCCAAGAUCUUCACUUUCGAUGACUACGAAGCGGUCGAAGAAGUAAGUGAUGGCCGCCUGCAAAGUCCUCAACGACUACCUGCAGCGCGAAGGACGCUCGAAUUCGCGCAGCAGCGAAUCCAGCGUGAAUGGAUCGCUAAGAAAGCGCACCAAUAAAAUCGAUCGGUGUAUCCGCAUCAUCGAGCAGGAGUGGUUCCGGAUGGCGGGCCAGAAGAACGCCAACGCCCAACUGGUCAACGACUACCUCGACGCUUUUGAAGGAAUGUCCAAGGCCUUACUGCACAAAGUCGUCAAUUUGGCUGAUAACAAUCUGGUCAACUGAACGACCGCACGGGUAGGACAAGAAAAUCAACCGC